CACUUCUUCCAACCCCGCGGCGAUUCUGUGACUCAAGGCUGCUCGGAACGGGCCUGCAACACCCACCGCGACAACGACAGUCUUUUUUGAAGACCAACUGUCAUUACAAUCUGUGUUGAAGAAAAAGAAGAAGAAAAAAAGAAAGAAAGAACAAAGAAUAUUCGCUGUUGCCGACUUUCUUUUCCCCACAUUCGACGCCGCCCGUCACCAUGACGACCGACCCGGCCAAGGCUAUCGAAAGCCUCCAGAUCUCCAAGACCAAGGAGCUUAAGAGCACAGAGAAGCGCGAUACUCUCAUUGCCAUUGAAAAGAAAUACCAGAAGAAAUGGGCCGAAGACAAGAUCUUUGAGGUGGAGGCCCCGUCGUUGGAGGAGCACCCCCUGGGUUCGAUUUCGGCCGCCGAACUUCGCGCAAAGUACCCGAAAUUCUUCUCGACUGUCGCGUACCAAUAUGUCAAUGGCGUUCCCCAUGCCGGCCACGUCUUCUCGCAGAGCAAAGUCGAGUUCAUGACCGGGACCGCCCGUAUGUCCGGGAAGAGAGCCCUGUGGCCCGUCGGAUGGCACGCCACUGGCAUGCCGAUCCAGAGCUCCAGCGACAAGUUGAGGGCAGAGGUGGAGAAGUUCGGUGCCCAAUUCGAAAAGUACGAGGAAGAGCCCAUCAUCGACGGCGAAUCCCCGCCUGCUCCUGACGCUGCGAACGCGAAUGCGAAUGCGACUCGUGAGGAUGUCACCAAGUUUACAACCAAGAAGAGCAAGGCCACCGCCAAGACGGCCAAGCUGAAGUACCAGUUCCAAAUCAUGCAAUCCAUGGGUAUCCCCAAGGAGGAGAUCCAUAAGUUUGCCGAUCCCCAGUACUGGCUGAACUUCUUCCCUCAGCUUUGCACAGAUCACAUGUCCAGUCUAGGUUUCAGAGUAGAUUGGCGCCGAUCCUUUAUCACGACCGAUGUCAACCCCUACUACGAUGCCUUCGUUCGAUGGCAGAUGAACCGCCUGAAGGAGCUUGGAAAGAUCAAGUUUGGCAAGCGGUACACUAUUUACUCCAUCAAGGAUGGCCAGCCAUGCAUGGACCACGACCGAUCUGAAGGAGAAGGUGUUGGGUCUCAAGAAUACACCGGCCUCAAGAUGAAGGUCUUGGAGUGGGCCCCUAAAGCUCGGGAAUCCCUCGAGGGUAAACUGCCCGCCGACGCCAACGUCUUCUUGGUCCCAGCGACUCUCCGACCGGAGACCAUGUACGGUCAGAAUGCCGUAUUCGUGUCUCCCAAGAUCACAUAUGGGAUCUUCAAGGCGUCCGAUACCGACUACUAUGUGAUCACUCACCGCGCGGCCCGCAACAUGGCGUACCAGGGGAUCCUGUUCAAGGAGGGCGAGUUCCCCUCGGUGACCGAGAUUGACGGAUCUGCCAUGAUCGGUACCUUGGUCAACGCUCCUCUGUCGGUCCACACUGGCGGUGUCCGCGUCUUGCCCAUGGAGUCCAUCCUGCCGACCAAGGGAACUGGUGUUGUCACUUCGGUUCCUUCCGACAGCCCUGCCGACUAUGUCAUGACCAUGGAUCUGCGCAAGAAGGCGGCAUACUACGGAAUCGAGCAGGAAUGGGCGGAGCUCGAGAUCAUCCCCAUCAUUGAUACCCCUACGGGCGAUCUCAUCGCCAAGAGCUUGGUCGAGAGCCUGAAGAUUAGUUCUCCUAAAGAUACCGUCCAGCUGGAAAAGGCCAAGGACACUGCCUACACCGAAGGGUACUACAAGGGACGGAUGAAGAUUGGUGCCUGGAGCGGACAGUCAGUAGAACAAGCGAAGCCCCUCGUCCGAAAGCACCUGAUCGACGAGGGCCUUGCGUUCCCGUACGCCGAGCCCGAACGCAAGAUCGUCAGCCGGUCGUCCGAUGAGUGUAUCGUCGCCCUCAUGGACCAGUGGUACCUGGACUACGGCGAGGAGUCUUGGCGGAACACUGCCCUCACCCACCUUGCCAACGCCGACGGCAACGGCCUGAACACGUUCAGCAGCGACACGCGGAACGCCUUUGAGGGCGUUCUGAACUGGCUCAACCAGUGGGCCUGCGCCAGGACCUACGGACUGGGAACCAAACUCCCGUGGGAUCCCCAGUUCCUCGUCGAGUCCCUCAGCGACAGCACGAUCUACCCGUGCUACUACACGAUCAGCCACUACCUCCAGAAGGACAUUUACGGAAACGAGAAGGGUACCCUGAACAUCGCGCCGGAGCAGAUGACCGACGAGGUGUUCGACUACAUCUUCUGCCGCCGCGAGUUCGACGACGACAUCGUCAGCAAGUCGAACGUUCCCAAGUCGUCCCUCGAGACCAUGCGCAGGAGCUUCGAGUACUGGUACCCGCUUGACGUGCGGAGCAGCGGCAAGGACCUCAUCAACAACCACCUCACCUUCUUCCUCUACAUCCACAUUGCCUUGUUCCCGCCCGAGUACUGGCCUCGCGGCAUUCGCACCAACGGCCAUCUCCUGCUCAACGGGGAGAAGAUGAGCAAGUCUACCGGCAACUUCCUGACGCUGGAUGAUAUGGUCAAGAAGUACGGAGCCGAUGCGUCUCGUAUUGGUCUCGCAGAUGCCGGUGAUUCCAUGGGCGACAGCAACUUUGAGGAGGAUGUCGCUAACCAGGCCAUUCUACGUCUAUACACCCUGCGUGAAUGGUGCGAGGAUGCGGUCAAGAACAAGGACCAGCUUCGCACUGGCGAGUGGAACUACUUUGACAAGAUCUUCAACAACGAGAUGAAUGCCUUGGCCAAGGAGACGAUCCACCAAUACCAUGAGACUUCCUACAAGCUGGCCCUCAAGGCUGGGUUCUAUGACUUCAACAAUACCCUCUCAUUUUACCGAGAGAGCAGUGCCGGGACGAAGAUGCAUCGCGAUUUGGUGCUCCGGUUCAUCGAACUCCAGUGUCUCCUCAUGGCGGUCAUCGCGCCGCACUGGGCCGAGAGCGUGUGGCUGGAGAUCCUGCAGAAGCCGACAUCGAUACAGCAAGCGACGUUCCCCGCGACCGAGGAAGUGGACGGCUCCCUCGCGGCGGCGCGCAAAUACAUCUCGUACACGGCGUCGAACGUCAACUCGGCCGAAGGGCUGCAGCUGAAGAAGAAGGCCAAGGGCAAGGAGCUGUCGUUCGACCCGAAGCGGCCCAAGAAGCUCACCAUCUUCAUGAACGAGCGGUUCCCGGCGUGGCAGGACGCGCACAUGGAGCUGCUGCGGUCGAUGUGGGACCCGGCGACGCGGUCGGUGGACGACAAGGCGCUCAACGGCAAGAUCCCCAAGGCGGAGAUGAAGCGGGCCAUGCCGUUCCUCCAGGGCCUCAAGAAGAGGCUCCAGGCCGGGGAGCCGGCCGAGGCCGUGUUCGAGCGCAAGCUGGCGUUCGAUGAGAAGAUGGUGCUCGUGUCGAUGACGGACCUGCUCAAGCGGAGUGCGAGCUUGGUGGACUUGCAGAUCGUGAAUGUCCAAGAGGGCGGUAGGCAGGGUACGGAUGUCGUGACGGGGGAGACUGUCACUGGCCUGCCUUCGAAUGCGGAAGGGGCGCAGCCUGGCACCCCGACCUUCCUAUUUGCCAACGUUGAGACUUCGUGAGAGGGCGUUCAUAAGACUGAGAGCAGAUGCUACGUUGUUGCUAUACGUCUAGACCGGCGGUGUUGUUUAGAGUCUAGACCGUGUUAAGCUACAGAGAGAAUGAGUAGAUCAAUCCCAUGAAAUACAAUUUGCAUUGGGCCCGAA